AUGUCUGAACCUCAAGGUGCAACCCUCCGUAAUGCUCGUUCUAUCUACAAUGCCAAUGAAAUGACAUUGGCUAUGAAUGUUGCUAAAUCACGUGAACGUUGCAGAUGGGCUGGUGGUUACUUGAGUGUAUUAACUAUUGGUAGUAUGGGUUAUUGGGCCCUUGCUAAGAAAUUCCCUGUCGGAGCCUUGAUUCCUAUCAGUGCUGUUGCAACCUAUGCUUUGUGGGAAUAUGAUUUAGGAUAUGGAAAUAAAUUACAUAGAAUGGGUCAAGAAGCACAACAAAUUCAAACCAAGGAAAGAUAUAAAUAUUUCGGAAAGUAUUAAAUACUCUUGUGAUGAUAUACUUCAGCAAGCAUUGGAUAUGUAAAUUGGAUGUUAUUGUUAUCAGCACGGUUGAUUGGUGCUAUAGGCAAUAAUUUUGGCUCAAUUUGUUUAAUUAUUAUUAUAAGGAAUGCAGAAAAGGCGAAUAUAAUUUAUUUUGUAAAUAAAUUAUUGUUUUAUUAA